AUGAAGCGCCGGGGGACGGAGCGGUCCGAACUGUGGAUUGUGGACGCAGUGACCAAGGUUGCUAAUGAGUUCUCUGCUGCGACUGUCGAUUCCGUCUGCAGCGCCAUGUAUUCGCCUGCGGAUAUUGCCAUUUUUGCAUGGUGGCUUCACCGGCGAGGUGUGGCGACGUCGUGCAUUCAACGCAUUCUCGAUGGGGCUGGAAUCUGCGCAGCAUACGUUCAAGAAACCCACGACAUUUUGGAUGGAUACGCACCGAUGGAUGAAGUUUACUUGCGACUUCGCGUGCCCAAGGCUGUCCAGUCGUCGGCACUCACAACGCAUCCAUGUCCUGCUUCCCUCACGUUCGAGUGUGUCUCAAGAGACCAAGGCGGAGUCGCGGACGCGCGUCAGUCGCCACUGCGUUGCCACAGAUGGCUUGAGUUUGAAAUCCUUGAUACCGACCAACAUGUGGUACUGCCACGUCAAGACGUCUGUCGAAUGUUCCGUUCGUGCAGGGACUACCGCUGCCACGUGCUCACGAUAGAGGACAAUCAAGUCUUGACGAAUCUUCAUCCAGGCCACGAAGUGGUUCUUCAUGUGCGCGCUGACAGUAAAGGCUCGAGCAACUACGUCAAGUUUGCGAGCAUAUCGUUGCGCUUCGCCGCGACGUUGACGUUGUUUGCUGGAGAGGAGAACGGGGAGGCCCAUUUCCCUAAGCAUGUUCCUUUGGCACCACUACGUGAAACUCUUUCAACAUCACUUGAAGCACCUACAGCAAGCAAGGCGCUCACGCUUCUUGAUUUGGACAAUGAAGCAGCGAUCUCAGGCAGCAUUGACAUCACUUCUGUCCAAGUGGGUUUGAAAGACAACUGGGAAUCGGUGGAGGUCCCACUGAAGCCACCACCGGCCGCUGCCAUGACCGAGGAAUGGGUAGACUUGGCGCCAUCGAGACCAGCGCAGCCAAAAGACCGCUGUGUCGCUGCUGCUGCUGCUGAUUCACCCACACCAUGCGAAGACGCACGUCUGGCGCCGAAUCAAACCAAGCACCCCGACGAAAAAUGCACCGUCAGCUAG